UAUCAAAUAAUGGCAGGAAAUAGGAUAAAGCCCAGAGAAGCUUCUGGACUCUCUCCCUCUAUAAAUUUAAGAAAAACCAAACCCAUCUCCCAUUGAAAGGAGCUCGCUCUGUGCUGUGGAUUCUGCAAGUAGCAAUGGCUGAUGGUAUCUUCGGAUUCGGUCACCCUUUUAGGCGACUCUUCUGGAGCCCUUAGUUGUUCCGCGAAUACUCUGGAUCACGACCUCUCAUGGACUGGAUUGAAACCUCCUCUGCUCAUAUCCUCAAAUUCAAUGUUCCUGGGUAUAACAAAGAGGAAAUAAAGGUUCAAGUUGAAGAAGGAAAUAUUUUGCACAUAAGAGCAGAGGUUGGUAAAGAGGAUGACCAUGGAAAUGACGCAAUUUGGCAUGUUGCAGAGAGAGGGACAGGAAAGAAAAGCUUUUCUCGAGAAAUUGGAUUGCCAGAAAAUGCAAAGGUGGAUCAAAUUAAGGCUCAGGUAGAGAAUGGUGUGCUCACCAUUGUUGUGCCAAAGGAUGCAAGUCCAAAACCAUCUAAAGUGAGAAAUAUUAACAUCAGUAGCAAACUUUGAAAUGGAAAUCUGAUGCUUCAUUUGCACUGAAGUUAGCAGAAAAUAAUGUUGGCUUUCUGAAACUUUUGUUCCUCUGCAAAUUUGCUGAUAAAAUUUGCCCUGUCAUAGACAUUACCCAAAGGCCAUGAGGACUAUUAUAAAUUUGUAAAAUUUCUCAAAUUUUAUAGUAUCUAAACUCUUAGUGUCCAUAAAAUUUAUGGAA